AUGCCGUCCUUGCGAAACGUUCUACACAGACGUAACACUCUGACUGAAAAGUCUUUACAAUCUGCAGCCGGUAGCGGCAAGUCACAGAGUGGUCGCUCAUCUCCGCCACCACCGCCGCCCCCGGAGAUCACCUUCUUGCACACCGAUACAUUCGGUCAGGAGGAGAUUAUUCCGCCUAGUCGAGAGAAACAUGCGUCCACCGGGGCGUUGACGACAGAGUCCCCCCUUGAGAUCCAAUUCAUCGCAAUCGCUUUCGACGCCGUCUCCCCCCGUUCCCGCGAGCGUCGCCUGUCCAAUCUGCUGCACCGAAACAGUCGCAGAGUCUCCCAAGAGUCAUCGACGAACAUCCCAGAAGGGCUACCCCAGAUUAAGGAUGAUCAGGCGGUAGAUAAGCAAGAGCGUGAGGCUCAGUGGGAGAAGCGGGCGACGGUACUGGUGCAGAACAAUCCCCAUUUCGGACAGAUACAUGCAUCUCCCGUGUAUUCGCAGGGGGACUUGGUUGUUCCGGACGCGGGGUCCUCCAGAUCCAGAAGUUCUAGUCAAAGUCGGGUUGGCGACCAUCAAGAUGAUGUCAACAUUCAGGAAGCGAUUAGGUUACACGAGGAGGGAGACCUGGAGCGAUCUACGGCAAUGUUUGGUCAAUUGGCUGAUCCCAAUGGACACAACAACGCACUCAGCCAAGUCUUGUACGGUCUAGCACUGCGACAUGGCUGGGGGUGCACAAAGGAUGAAACCCGCGCCGUCGAGUAUCUUUCGGCGGCGGCGACCAACUCGGCAGCUGUUGAGUCAGAGGCACUUCGUGCAGGCAUGAAGAAAGGUGGAGAAGCCAAGGGCGAGCUGGUUCUCGCUAUCUUUGAGCUGGCGAAUUGCUUCCGCAUGGGCUGGGGUGUAAAGAGAGAUCCCGCUGCUGCCAGACAAUACUAUGAGACGGCGGCUAAUCUGGGAGACACCGAUGCCAUGGACCAUGCAGCUUGGUGCUACCUCGAGGGGUUUGGUGGGAAGAAGGAUAAAUUCAAGGCGGCAAAGUACUAUCGACUCGCCGAAGAGAAUGGUAAUCCUACCGUUGGAAAUUCCUGGAUCUGGAAGGAUAAGUAUAACCCCAAGUAA